AUGGCGCUUUUCUCGAUUAUUCAUGAUAAGGCGUUGCCUAUAACGGUUAGGAAAGAUGGAUUUUCCUGGUGCCCGACCAUGGAUCUAUUGGCAGUUAUAUCUAAAGAUGGGUCGUUGUGGAUCUAUCGUGCUGAUGGCCAGCGAAUAUGGUCAUUUCCUUUGAGAUCAUUUAAUGCUCAAGUGAAAACUUGUUGGAGUCGUGAUGGGAAAUUUAUUGUUGCUGCUUCGAAGACUUUUGGGCGCAGAUUGUUUGAUGUACAGCUAGGGAAAGUUAUCGGAAAUCAUCAGAUGAUCAAUUCUGAACAUCCUAUCAAUGAAUUGGACGUUCAGGCAGUCAAUUGGGUGCUGAAUCUUGGUACGAAUCAAGACAGUAAUGAACUUGGAAAUAACGGUAUUCAGGAGCUACUAAGUGUUGAUGUAUCUAAAUCAUUACCCAAAUUGCCCCCAUUACCUAAUUUGUCGCUAGACCAUAUUCUUAGAUCCAAAUUGGCACUGGAUAGCUUAUAUGAAUCAUCCAAUUCAUUAAACAAUUUUUUGGUUACUGGGUAUGAAAAUGGGUCAGUUUCCAUUUCAUUAAACAGUAUUUUGAACUCAAAAACCGUCCAAUGGCAACAAGGAUCGAAUGUGGAAUUUCUUCAGAUCGAAUCGGUUGACGAUCUUACAGUUCAUUACAUCAUUUCUAAAGCUCAGAAGACAGAAGAUAAAUCUCAGUAUUUCAUCUUGCCAUUGGAAACAUCAUUUUCAAAUAAUGAGUAUGCUAAAGAGGUGAUCGCCUCUUCUACGAGAAUUCUGUUCAUUGUGCUUUAUCUACUAGAUAUUGCGGAUAAUUUUGAAUCAGAUUGCAAAGCAUUUGUUGAAUUCCAUACUAAAAUCGUUAAUGUACUUGACGAGGAAGCGGCCCAAGAAUCCAAAAACGUUGCUGGCGGAGACAAUGCUAAAUUUUAUUAUGCAACUUCUGAACUUUAUGAAUUACUAUUGACGGGAAUGAUGUCAGAUAGUCUAAAAUCUUGGCUUGAGAACACAUUGGGGAAGAAAAACUUGAAGAAAUGGCUGAAGCUAGGUAACACUUGCGUUGAUCAAAUAAAGUAUAAAAUCUUUAGCUCAUUCAUUCCUGCUGGUCAGAGAUUGAUAAUUCUGUUGAGUAAAUUGAAAAGUGUGGUUUCUUGGAAGGAGAGUGUGAUUAUCAAUGAGCAGGAUAAAAUCCAUGCGUUUGGUCUCGAAAGCAAAAAAAUUGAUGACUGUAUUGCUCAGGUUAAAACAAUAAUGAGGGAAAUUUAUAAGUUUGUCGCUGACUUGAAUGAUGAACAGAAACUUUUCAAUUGUUUUAUUAACUGGCUAACCACUAUAAUAGAAAGUUUAUCGGAUGAUGACAAAAAAGAUCUUGAGAAUGAUGAUUUAUAUUACAGUGUCACCGAAAUUUCGGAAUAUAUUACCAACAAGUUAAAUAGUCUUGAUAUAUUCAAAUAUAUUGAGAAAUCUGAGGUUAAUAAUAAAUCAAAUCAAUUAAUAAACUCCAUCAAGCAAAUUGAUUCAGUGUGCCAACAUAUUUUUGAGGAGAUUAAGAAAAACAUUUGUGACUCGAUAAAAUUUGGUGCCAACGUUGUGGAGAUUGGGUCAUCGAUAGAUGCCAAAAAUGUGGACAUCAAAUGUGAAAUGCCAAAAAGUGAAGAUCAUUUGAUGAUUUUAAUCCAAGAUUUUAAGCAGUUGAUAGAGGUUUAUGAUUCUGCGAGUGGUAAGGUACAAAAGUUUGAAUGUCUGCGGUUAUUAGAACCAUAUGGAUUACAAUUAAAAAGUGUACAGUUUAUAAAUGAUAGGGAGUUGCUAGUGCUAGCGGUUGAACCGUUACAAGAUGAUAAAGCAAUGUAUCCCCCAAAAUUUGUGAUAUUUACAAUGAAGCUAAAUUUUCUAGAUAAUGGGCAACAAUCGGUUGUUAUUGAUACAGAUUCUCCAAUGAUUAAGAAUUUGCAUUUUUUCAAUAUUAACCGAGAAGGAAGUAUUUCUUUGGACAUUGACCCUGAAUUGAUCACUGUUUUCAACAGGCAAGGAGAGAUCGAUGGUGAUACUAAAAUGGCAUCGAUAUUGUCGUCAGAUAUGCACAGAUAUAUUGUGUUUGAAUAUUAA